UUGAUUAGCUCCUCUGAAAAGAAGAGAAAAGGUGCUUGGAUCUCUUGUUUCCUCCUUGGAAUAACUUGGAUGGAAUUUGUGAUGCAGAAAAACCUACGGCAAAUUAGGUCUCCAUUCUGUGUGGUGGAAAGAUUUUGAACAAAAUAGCUGCUUUCUCCAAACAAGGGCGCCAUUCGGAAAUUUAUGGGGAUUGUUGUUCGCACUAUGAAGGCAUCUGUUAUUGAAAUGUUCCUUGUUUUUCUGGUGACUGGAAUACAUUCAAGUAAAGAAAUUACAAGGAUUAAGAGGCCCAAAUUCACUGUGCCUCAGAUCAACUGUGAUGUCAAAGCUGGGAAGAUCGCUGAUCCCGAGUUCAUGGUGAAAUGCCCAGCGGGAUGCCAAGACCCCAAGUACCACGUGUACGGCACUGCUGUGUACGCCUCCUACUCCAGCGUGUGUGGUGCUGCGGUCCACAGUGGUGUGCUCGAUCAUUCCGGAGGGAAGAUACUUGUUCGGAAAGUGGCUGGACAGUCGGGGUAUAAAGGGAGUUAUUCCAAUGGUGUCCAGUCAUUGUCCCUUCCCCGAUGGACAGCGUCCUUUGUCAUCUCAGAAGGUAAACCCAAAAAGGGUGUUACCUACCCGUCGGCUCUUACCUAUUCAUCAUCAAGAAGCCCAGCUGCCAACGCAGGUGAGACAACCGCACAGCCAGUCACCCCGACGCAGGUACAGACUGCCACUCCAGCUGAGACCGCCCCUACCCCCUUGCCCAAGCCACCCGAGCCUACCGCCUCAGCCACAAACAGCCCCAGACCACAGCCCCUGGGCCACAGGAGCCGAGAGCCAGGAUUCAUCCCAAAGGAAGAAUCAAGCACACAGACCGUGGAGCCACUACCCCAGGGAGAGCCAAACUGCAAGGUUGACCUGUCGUUUGUUAUCGAUGGGAGUUCGCGCAUUGGCAAACGCCGGUUCCAGAUCCAGAAGCAGUUCCUAGCUGCCGUUGCCCACGCUCUGGACCUCAGCCCUGCCGGUCCGCUGAUGGGUGUUGUUCAGUACGGAGAUAACCCCGCUACCCAAUUUAACCUCAAGACUCACAUGAAUUCCAGAGAUGUGAAAGCAGCCAUCGAGAAAAUCGCCCCAAGAGGAGGGCUUUCUAAUGUAGGCCGAGCGCUCUCCUUUGUGACCAAGCACUUCUUCUCAAAAGCCAAUGGGAACCGGCACGGUGCUCCCAACGUGGCCGUGGUAAUGGUGGACGGCUGGCCCACAGACAAAGUGGAGGAGGCUUCCAGACUUGCAAGAGAGUCCGGCAUCAACGUUUUCUUCAUCACCGUUGAAGGCGCCGUGGGAAAUGAGAAGCAAUAUGUGAUAGAGCCCAAUUUUGCAAACAAGGCUGUGUGCAGAACAAACGGCUUCUACUCCCUCAAAGUGCAGAGCUGGUUCAGUCUGCACAAGUCCGUGCAGCCCCUGGUGAAGCGGGUCUGCGACGUUGACCGGCUGGCCUGCAGCAGGACCUGCUUCAACUCGGCCGACAUCGGCUUCGUCAUCGACGGCUCCAGCAGCGUGGGCACCAGCAACUUCUACACAGUCCUCCAGUUCGUGGCCAACCUAAGCAAAGCGUUUGAGAUCUCCGACACAGACACGCGCAUCGGGGCUGUGCAGUACACCUACGAGCAGCGGCUGGAGUUCGCGUUUGACCAGUACAGCAGCAAGCCCGACAUCCUGAACGCCAUCAAGAGGGUGGGGUACUGGAGCGGAGGCACCAGCACGGGGGCGGCCAUCAACUUCGCCCUGGAGCAGCUCUUCACCAAGUCCAAGCCCAACAAAAGGAAGCUCAUGAUCCUCAUCACAGACGGGAGGUCCUACGACGACGUCCGGAUACCAGCCAUGGCCGCCCACCAGAAGGGAAUAAUCACCUACGCGAUUGGCGUUGCCUGGGCCGCGCAGGACGAGCUGGACGUCAUCGCCACCCACCCUGCCAGGGACCACGCCUUCUUUGUGGACGAGUUCGACAACCUCUACAAAUCCGUCCCCCGGAUCCUCCAGAACAUUUGUGCAGAGUUCAACUCCCAGCCGAGAAACUGAGCUCCGCACAGGCUGAGCACCGGCAGAGGCUGCCCC